GUGGCCUGGGCCUUGGGGCGUGCUUUAUCCAGCCUGGAUUGAGACAGGAAGCUUUUUGCGUGUGUGUAAUCCCAUUAACCAUUAAGACCAGCCCUCAUCCCCUGGUGUGUUUGCUCUACUGUAGGCGGCCUUCUAGCGUCUCCACUGAUAAAAGAAAAGGCGGCUAUUCAUGUUGUUGGACUACUGUUGCAGGUGUUGUGGGUAUUGUGGGUCUACUCUGAAGCGCUAUGGACCAACAUCAGUCAAGAUCAAGACCAACAUCAGUGAAACAUGGAUUGUUCUCCAGAACUUGCUGAUGUGCAUAAUAUCCUUCUAUGCUGUUUACUACAUAGUGGUCAGUCUCUGCAUUGGUAUUCUCAGGGUACAUGAGGUUGACAGCCUUUUAGCACCCUUUGACUACACAACACAGCCAUCAUGGCAAAGUCCAAAAUACCUAGUGACAGUGAUCUCCAUGGAGCUGACCUAUCUUUUGGGAGGCCUGAUAUUUGCGUGGAUUGUCGAGGAGUGGGUGUGGGACUACGCCAUCACAGUCACACUAAUCCACAUCGUUCUGACGGUAGCAGUUAUGUCUGAUUUCCCGUCAACAAAACAUUAUUGGAUUGCCCUUGGUUCUGGAUUGGUGAUGAUGAUUUUUGGAGGCCAACUUGUAGCAUACAAGCUUUUCAGGAAUAAUUUUGUGUAUCCGGAUGAGCUCCAAAAUUUCUAAGAAAAACAUUUAGCUUUUCUUCUACAAAAUGAUGGAGGAUCAAAUAUUUUUUUAUAUUCAGUUUUUUUGUACUACACAACUUUGGUACUCUGUAAAUCCACACAUUAUAUUUUGCAAUUAAAGGUUGUUUGGAAGGAAUUGUUGAGAAUAUUAAACACUUCUUGCCAACAA